CUCACUUUAAACAAACAAGGACAGAUACGUUGUACGACAACAGUAGAGGUUUGUUUUUAGCUGUCAUACAUGUGUCUUUAGUGUCUACCACAGUUAAAAAAAUAAAAGUUUACAUUUAAAAUAAAUGCGUGUUAUCUUAAGCGAUUUUUGAGAUAAAAGUUUCCAAGUCCUGUGUGUUAUUUCGUUUCCGACUAAUAAAUACCCUUUUGGAGCCGCAAUCUUCAGUCAGUGAUCCUUUUAAGUCUUUCCGACUGCCAAUAGAAAUAGUGGCCAAAUGGACUACAACAACAGAUAUGGCAGGAAAGCCACACAUGAUCAACAUUUUCGAAGAGGUUCCCGUCAAAAUCCCUAUGACAGAGGCCCAGCUAGAGAUUGGCAUGAAAGGCCUUAUGAUAGAGAUUCCUAUAAUAGAGGUCCACAUACAAACUUUCCUGGUAGAUACCAGAGUAGGGGUUUUAAUAACAGAAACGCCCAAGGAGGCAGAACUCCUGAGCAAUCAUAUUAUAAUGAAAGGUUUAAUUCCCAUAGAGGAUAUGAGCAAAGGAACAUUAGAGAACGAACCUUUGAUCAAAGGGGUAGGGAAGUUUCUAAUAGCUACCAAAGACAGCCUGAACAAAAACAGCAGCUUCACACAGAAUCUCACUUAAGUCCCUUGGAGGAAAAAGCCAAAAGCUUUCUACAGAGUGUGUUAAACCAAGAUGGGGUUCGUUCUAAACUAAUAUUUUUAGAAACCAUUCAAAAUCCUCUUGCGACACUUCAAGGCACCAUAGAUUAUUGCCAGUUACAGAUGACUGUUGAACCAAACCAGAAGGGAGAAUUUGUUUUAACUAUUAAUAAAGAGGAAUUAGCCAGAGGUACUUUUGAGUCCAAGCAAAUUGCUAAGAACGUCUUAGCAGAAGAGGCCUUGGAGGUCUUAAGGAAAGACUGCUUUUAUAUUAUCAAGAAAAAGGAGUUUGAAGAGGUAUCGACAAAAUUAAAAGAGACCGAAGCUGAAGCAAAGCCAAGUACCAGUCUUGAAGGUAGCAAGGCACAUCAGAUGAUGUUAAAAAUGGGAUGGGGUGGUAAAGGAUUGGGCGUCAACGAACAAGGAGAGCAAAAAACUGUUGCAGAAACUAUAGACCAGAAUGUUAGUAGACAAGGCUUGGGUACUGAUGAUGUAUUCAAAAAAAUUUACAAACUCUUAGAAGAUUACUCGAAAUCUGACAAAAUGACAUUGCUUAAGUUUGAUCCUGACUUUACAUCAGAGGAGAGAGCUCACAUUCAUAAGAUAGCUCAGAAGUUUGGGUUGAAAUCAAAAAGCGAAGGGAAGGGAGAGCAAAGGCGAAUAACAGUAACUAAAAAACUACAUAGGGGAGACCUGGUGUAUAAUUUGCUUAUUAACGGAUUGGAAAAUAGCCUUUAUAAGUUAGAGAUUCCUGAGAAGUUUAGAAGUUUGUGGCAAGGAGAACCAGUGAGUGCUUUAGGUGAAGAUGAUGAUGAUGAAGAUGAUUUUCAACCUCAUUUUUUGAGUUAGAUGUGCACCUAAGUUAUUGUGUUUCUUAAGGAUUUUAGGUGCAAAACAGUUGUGUUAGCUAAGUACUAUAAGGCUAAUUGUAUAAGUGGAAUAUAGAGAAUGACAAAAAUAAUUAUUUAGGUACAAGAUUAGAACCAAAAAAAUUGGUUAUGACUAGCAAUUGCUUGCAGUGAAAUAUUCAUUGAAUUUGAUCCUGUUUGUAAGAGAUUCUUAACAUGUAUAUUAAUAUAAAUCAUUCACUGUUGAAUUAGCAUUAGCCUGAAGAUUAUUUAAAUAAACAGCUUCUGUCAUUACUUAA